AAACCCUAGCUGCUCAGGCGGUGAACAGCGGCUUCUUCUCGGUGCGGAUCGGUCCUUCGCUCUAGCGAAACCUCUUCGGAUCCUCUCAACCAUCAACAUGAAGUUCAACAUAGCGAACCCGACCACUGGUUGCCAGAAGAAGCUCGAGAUCGACGAUGACCAGAAACUUCGGGCUUUCUUCGACAAGAGGAUCUCACAAGAAGUCAGUGGAGAUGCUCUGGGGGAGGAAUUCAUGGGCUACGUGUUUAAGAUAAUGGGAGGCUGUGACAAGCAAGGCUUUCCAAUGAAGCAGGGAGUGCUGACUCCUGGUCGUGUUCGUCUAUUGCUUCAUCGAGGUACUCCUUGCUUCCGUGGAUAUGGCAGGCGGAAUGGAGAGAGGAGAAGGAAGUCUGUUCGAGGAUGCAUCGUCAGUCAAGACCUCUCUGUUCUGAACUUGGUUAUUGUGAAAAAAGGAGAAAAUGAUCUGCCUGGUUUGACUGACACUGAGAAGCCAAGAAUGAGAGGUCCAAAGAGGGCAUCAAAGAUCCGGAAACUGUUUAACCUGUCGAAUGAAGAUGACGUCCGGAAAUAUGUCAAUACAUAUCGCAGGACCUUCACUACUAAAUCUGGGAAAAAGGUCAGUAAAGCUCCGAAGAUUCAGAGGCUGGUUACGCCAUUGACAUUACAAAGGAAGCGCGCGAGAAUUUCUGACAAGAAGAAAAGAAUCGCUAAGGCAAAGGCGGAGGCAGCUGAUUACCAGAAGCUUCUCGCUACCAGGUUGAAGGAGCAGCGCGAGCGCCGCAGCGAGAGCUUGGCUAAGAAGAGAUCCAGGCUGUCUGCUGCCUCAAAGCCUUCUCUUGCAGUUUAGGUUGUUUUUACUGUUUUGAUGAGCAAUUUUAGUUCAGGCAAAUUUUGGCUGUUGAGGAUUCAGGGGGAUUGUCAAUGUGGAGUUGUUUUAUAUAUAGCUUUUAGCCGCUCUGCCUUGGAAUUCAGGGACGUUUUAUCAUUGGGUUGUUGCUUGUUCCUUAAGUCUUUGAACUUGAAAUUUUAUUUUUAGAAAGUUGAGUUGGGCACA